GAGAAGUCGAUCGUCUCUCUUCGAUCAUAUAUUUUUCCCGGAUCUAAGAAGGUCUCAGGAUGGCAGCUGAUAAGAAGAAGAUCGAUGCCCUGAUGAAAACAGACCUCUAUGGUCUCUUGGAUCUGACCAGCGAGGCUUCAGAGAAAGAGAUAAAGUCAGCCUACCGGAAGAAAGCGUUGAAGUGCCAUCCUGACAAAAAUCCCGAUGACCCGAAAGCCGCAGAGCUAUUCCAAAACUUGACUGACGCACUGGGAGUCUUGACGGACGCCGUAAUUCGGGGAGUCUACGAUAAGUCGCUGAAAGCGAAGGAAAGUGCCGCCAUCAGACACCGAGAACUCGAUAUCAAGCGGCGCAAGCUCAUAGAUGAUCUGGAGGCUCGAGAACGCCGGGCAGCCGAGGGGAGACAGGAGGUCUAUCGAGAGAGACAGCUUCAACAAGAAAUAGAAAGACUCAGGGAAGAGGGAUCGAGGAUCGUCGAGGAGGAGUCCCGACUCCUCAGAGAGCGACUCGCGAGGAUAAUAUCUCAGGUUCGCCAGGAGAACCAUCGAGAGACCAGCCAAGCAUCGAACCCGAUUAAAAUCCGAUGGAAACGUCAACUGGGAACCUAUAAGCGGGAAGACUUGGAACGGAUCCUUGGCAAGUAUGGCCGCAUUAUGGCAUUAGUGGUUUCCGACAAGAAACCGACCGCCCAGGUGAUAUUCGAAGAUAUCAAAGCCGCUGAAGCGGCUGUCGAGAAGGAGAGCGGCCUUCCAGGAAAUCCGCUCACAUUAAGUUGGUACAAAAGAUCGUAUCUGUCAGGGGAUCUCGAACAUCCCGCCAAGUGA